AUGGGAGAGCAGGAAGAAAUCACAAAUGGCGCAAAUGGGCCCGAAAUCGUUGCGAACUUGGGAUUUGCGCCUGCGGUAAAGCUGUCUGGAGAAUGGUCUGUCAAGAGAGUGCUGGAAGAGAUUCCCAGCGAGGCACCUGCCGAGGGCUCCAGCUCACCGAUUCCGUUCUUCCACAUGCUUUCCCGGCUCAAGACUACGAAGCGUGAGGGAUGGCGGCGGUUUGGAAUCGAAAGAGGCGAGUCGAUUUCGGAUCACAUGUACCGCAUGUCUCUCAUCACCAUGUUUGCGCCACCGACCCUGGCCAAGAAGCUGGAUCUGCAAAAGUGCAUGAAGAUGGCCUUGGUCCACGACAUGGCCGAGCUCCUGGUCGGAGACAUUACCCCCGUCGACGGCGUCGCCAAGCCCGAGAAGAAUCGACGAGAGGCCGAGACGAUGGACUUUUUGACCAAGAACCUACUGCGCAGUGUUGCAGGCGGCGAUGUUGGCACCGAGAUUCGAGCGAUAUGGCAGGAAUACGAAGAUUCGCAGACACUGGACAGCCAUUUCGUGCACGACGUGGACAAGAUUGAGCUGCUCCUGCAAAUGGUCGAGUACGAGAAGCAGGGCAAGGGGCAUGUCGACCUGGGCGAGUUUGCAUACGUUUCACGCAAGGUUGUUCUGCCCGAGAUGAAGGAGUGGGCGGAAGAGCUCCUGCGCGAGAGAGAGGCAUUCUGGCAGACAAAGGAGCAUGUUCACGGCGAAAAGGGUCUGGAGGGAGGAGUGUCUGAGGAGACGAGACGUGGACAGGAAGACUACUAUGAGCGAAAGUGA